AUGGAGGAGGGCGCCCCAGUGUUCGACUGGGCGAACCAAUCGCCGCCGUUGCCAUCCGCCAAGGCCGCUUCGUGGAGCCCAGACGGCAGAAGGCUGGCAAUUGCAACUGGGCGACCGAAGGGAUCGAAGAGAGGCGGAAUUGCACCUGGUGCAGCACCCGCGAUUGGAGACGGCGCCGAUGCAGCACCUGCUGCUGGGGAAGCCCGAGGUUCCAGCAAAGAAGACGCUGGAUUGUCGGAGUCAGGCCUGAACGCCAACGCGGCGGAGUUUGCACCCGCAGGCGUAGGCCUGAACGUCAACGCGGUGGAGUUUGUGCCCGCGGGCGCAGGUUCCCACGGUGAUGUCCAGGAUCCUGGCAAAGAAGAGCUGCCACACCAAUGCAGUGAGCCCGCUUCAGCAACCGCGGCUGGAGAGUGCGCCGAAGCAGCACCCGUUGCUGCUGGAGAAGGCAGAGGUCCAGGCCAGGACGACCAGAGCGACGGCCUCGUCGUGGUGGAGUUCUCGGGCCGAGAGGUGGCGCACAGCUGUUCGCUGAACACGGCUUCGAAGACCUUGCAUCUUCUGCAGUGGUCUCCCCUCGGCACCUUCCUCGUCGUGCAGCCCGCGCAGAGGAGAGCGGCGAGGACGAUGAGAUUUGGCGGCGGACCGAGGUUGGCGAGUACACCUGCGUGGCCAGCCUGCCCAGUUCCGCCAGUUCCGCCCAGUCCACAUUCCAGUGGACCGCGGACGAGAAGUAUUGCUGCCAGCUGCCCGCGGACGGGAUUCCGCGCUUGA